UUUUUAGCUGAUAACCAAAACAAUGGCAGUGUCUCAUAUUUCACUUAUAUAUGAAUACUAUUUCAUAUUUAUUUUAAUUCAAAAAUUAAAUAAACAAUAAUUAUUGUUAUUUAAAUACCAUGUCAUUUAAAAAUUUUAUUUUAAAAUUUUUUUUAAGUUUUACUAUUUAAAUUAUUUAAAUAAAUUUUAUACAAAAUGAGUAUUUUAAGAACGGACGCACUACCUUCAAAGUCAAUUCUGUCAAAUUACACCCAAGUACUUGACAAAAACAUAAUAAAUAUAAUAGAAAAUGAUUUGAAUAUAAACCAAAAAAUAUCAAUUAUAUUUCUAUGCAUCGCUGAUAAAAUUAAUGUCAAUGUUUAUCAUAACUUUAUGCUAAAGUUGAUCAGCUGUAAUGAAAAAAUAAUUUUUAAUGAAGAUAAUAAAAAUAACGAGGGUAAGGUUUACAUAUUAUAUGACUUAAUUGCCGAUGUUGCUGAUUGGAAGGAUAAGUUUAUUGAAGCCUUGUGUAUUAUUAAUAACAAAAUGAUUAUUAAUCAACUGGGAUUGAUUGUUGAUGAUUUGUAUCAGCAAUAUUGUCCACUGCAAUCGCGGAUUGUUGGUAAAGUAAACGUUGCCAAUAAAAUUUUAUUCCAAUUAUUUGAAUCGCUGAGUGAGAAAGAGACAAAGGAAUUUUUAAAAUUAAUUUAUAAUGAAAAAGAUGUUGGUAUUGAAAGUGAUCCACGGUUAAAGGAUAUAUUUUUAAUGGAAAUUCAUGCGCUCUAUUGGUUGUCUAUUGGAUUCAUUAAAAUUACACCAGCUGGAGGUGAUUUGAGUGCGUUAUUGAAAUAUUUAAAACCACUUGGACACUUUGACAAACCGAUUUUCCAUGAUAUUGAAUGGUACAAUAAAAAAUAUUCUAAUAAAAGUCAAUAUUUUAUUAACAAUAGUAACAAUAACAAUGGAAAAUUAUCAUUGUUAACAAAAUUAAAAUCUUCAAAUUUAAAAAAAAAAAUUGAGGAAAUUGAUUCUGAUAAAAUAAUUAUUAAAAAUGGUCUGUGCUUAAUUAUUAAUGAAAUGAAUUUUCCUAAUACUGCAUAUGAAGAUCGUGCCGGCAGUAAAGCAGACGUAGAAAAUUUGAAACAAACUUUUAAAAAUUUAGGUUUUGAGAUAAAUUGCUAUGAAGAUCUUCGCGCAGAUGAAAUCGUUAAAAAAAUUUAUCACUACGCGACUAGAAAAACGAAACGUUACGAUUGUUUCGUUGUUUGUUUGCUGAGUCACGGAUAUCCCGAUGGGAUAAUUUCCAGUGACCAUAAAAAAAUAACAUUUGAAGACAUAGAAAAAUGUCUUUGCCUAAAAGAAAUGUCACAUACAUUAAAACUAGUUAUUGUUCAAGCUUGUCAAGGUGAUACGACUGGCAUCGCUUCGUCGAAAAACAACCUCGCUGUCGAUGGGUCUAAUUCGAGUGAUAAAAAUAUUAAGAUACCCAAAAAUUUGUUCGCUGAUGGCAAUCCAUUGAAAGCCAAAAAAAUUGACUAUAGAAAAGAAUUUUUAUUGUUUAAAUCUACCAUGAAAGGUUACGUUGCCAUACGUCAUAAGGAAGAAGGGUCCUGGUUCAUUACCGAUGUAUGCAAAGUUCUUAAUGACAUCGAGACUCAUUUAUCAAUCGAUGAAUGGAGUCGGCAAGUAAAAAAAAAAAUAAGCUCAAGAUGCGGAGAAGUCAAUGGUCUAAAUGCUGGGCAAUUGGCCGAAACUGAGCGUGAUCGUCGUACAAAAGAAUACUUUUUUUUAUACCAACCAAUUAAUCAAUAGUUAGUUUUAAAUUAAUCAUAUUGAUAUAUAGAACGUGACUUAAUAAUUUAAGUUAAUCAUACUUUUAUUUGUUAACAAAUAUAUAGUAAUUCUAGGUUAAAAUGGCUGCGUUCAAAUUUACUAAGUACGGAAGUUGGGUUAGCUCACUUUCAACUUGUAAGAAAGUGGCUCUAUCUCGUGUCCAUUUUUAACUUAAUUAAAAGUGACACUUUCAAUAUGUGCACAAGUUGAAAGUGGACACGAGAUGGAGCCACUUUCUUACAAGUUGAAGGUAAUCUGACCCAGCUUCCGUAACUACGCUCUGAACAAUACUAAGUAUUGUUCCGAGCAUACUAUACAUUUGAGUCGAUAAAAGAAUUACUUUUUGCCCACUACUUAGCUAUAAGAAGCGCAUGUACAAUCUGACAUUAAUUUAUACCAGGUCGUAUUGCACUCGGCUCGAUUAAUUUUUCUACUUUAGUCCAUCUACUUUGGAACCAUCAAGCAGAAGGCAACACGACCCAGUACAAGUUAAUGGCGCAGAUUGUCUUGCCCGGAGGCGCAUGCGCAGUAAUGGAAAUUGCAAACAACGGUGAGGUAAUCAUUGUUUUGAGACUCAAUUAUACUGUAUACGCCAUUUUAAAAAAUAAUAAAUCAUUUAAUUAUGUUAGAGAACACACUCAUCAAAAAAUUUUAAGUAUAUUUUAAUUAAUAAUAUAAUUAAAUUUUGGCAGUUGUAAUAUUAAUCAUUAUCAUGAUACUGAUGUCCAAUGAGAUUAAUAGACAUAAACUCAAUUUGUGAUAAUAAUGUGUCUAUUAGUCUAGUGAUAAGAAAAUCCAGUGGUGUUUAUAAUAAUAAUAAGGGUACAAGUAUUUUUUUCAAAUUACAUGGAAAAAAAAGUAACGGUAAAUUUUUGUAUCAGCUGAUGGUGCUUGAGUUUCAGGUAUAGGGAGUGGGGGAAAUAGUAUAGGAAGUAUAUAAAAAAUAUUAUAAAUAAUACAGACAAUUUGCAUUACUUUUUUUUCCAUGUAAUACAUUUUUUUAUGAACGUUAGUAAAUAUUUAUAAUUUGUGUUUUAAAAAAAAAAAAUUGGGAAUUUGUUUUUUAUAUUUAUAUGAAGAAAACUAUAAAUAUUUAUUUUAUUUUUGUUUAAUUUAGAAAAAAAAAAAAGGUAUCUAAUAAAAAAAAAUUGUUCUUUUUACUGUGAUCCUAAGAUUUUGAAAAAUUUUUAUAACCGUUAGUGGGUUAAUAAAUAAUAUUACGACUUAAUAAAAUAUAA